UUAACAUGGCCAAGGAAAUGUUGAUGGACUUCACCGGUAAAGUGCCUGUUCGAUCCUGGAUCGCUCAAUGGGGCAAUAUAUCGGCUCUAUAUAGCCUUUCAGACUUGCAACAACGUAUCUUGCUGAUCAGCAAGUUAAAAGGCAGUGCCUUGCAGUGGUUGCAUGCGGAUGAAGGACGUUUCGCCAAGCCAACGAAUGAGCUGCUUGAACAACUGCAGCUAGCUUUCGGGGGCGUCGAAUCGAAGGCUGCAUUAAGGCGCAAGUUUGAGGCGCGUAUCUGGAUGCCAACCGAAAAAUUUGCUUUUUACUUUGAUGAAAAGUGUCGACUUGCUCGAGAGGUCAGCAUGGAGGUGGAUGAGCUUUUGGACGGACUUGUGGAGGGCAUUCCAGCCCUAGGCUUGCGUACACAGGCCAAGCUUCAAUGUUUUGAUAGCCCGGAGCGUAUGCUUCGUGCUUUUGCGGACAUCAUGCUGCCGAAAAGGGCAACAACAACUAGAGAGGCAACACCAAGGACGGAUCCAGGAAACAGCGAGACACGUUGUUUCAACUGCAACGCAAAAGGGCACUGGAAGAGGGAAUGCACCAAGCCGAUAAGACCGCCAGGAUCAUGCUAUGGUUGUGGCGCAAAAGAUCACCGCUUGGUUGAAUGUCCCCAAAACAAGAAGAAGGUCGAGAAUAAAUAUAAUGCCUAAUAGAUUCGGGAAGCCCGGUGUCAUUAAUAAAACGUUCAUACUUACCAGUAAACAUUAAAUUAAAACCUCAAGAAGAGGAAUACUUUGGCCUAAACAAAAGCUUAUUAAGGAGUUAUGGUAGAAUAUUAUGUUUUAUAUUUAAAAAUGAAAUAAAGAUUUGGUUUAACUUAAUUGUAGUGGCUGACGAAUCUAUGGGAUGUAACAUUGUGCUGGGUAGAGAUUUUAUGGAUGCUUGCGAUUUAAAAAUUGAUUUAGAUGCGCUGAAAAUGGUUACUGUAGAGUGUAUUGAAACCGAAGUCGAGAAGAAAGCGGAAGAUAAAGUACUUUCUAAUAAUUGUAUGGAAAUUAGGAAA